AAAUCCUUAAUUAAAGACAUUUUGAUUGUACCUUCUGGGGCCUUCAUUGUUAAAAAUAUGUUAAAUGUAUAGUUAAAAGGUCCAUCUUUGAUUAGCUGUUUGUUGUUCCUUUCUUAAUAGUAAAAGGUAAUGCAAUUCAAUCAUCCACUUGGACAAACGGGUGCAUCAACGUCCUCGAUCGCGUAUAUUAAUACCCAUGAUCUCACUGGAAAGAUUGGCCCCCCUUCAAGCCAGGCUAGCUGGUACUCUAAUUUUGAGUGUUCUUGAUGAGCGGGUGACGUACUUAAUUAAGAGAGAUAUAGGGAAAGAUCGAGAAAGAUGGUGAGAGCUCCGUUCUAUGACAAAAGUGGCGUAAAGAAAGGGGCAUGGAGUGCCGAAGAAGACGAUAAGUUGAGAGCUUAUAUCCAAAGCUAUGGCCAUUGGAACUGGCGUCAACUACCGAAAUUUGCUGGUAUACAAAGGUGCGGGAAAAGUUGCAGACUAAGAUGGAAGAACUACCUUCAACCAGGUGUAAAACAUGGAGAUUACACUGAAGAAGAAGAGGCUUUAAUCAUCAAACUACAUGAACAACUUGGGAAUAAAUGGUCGAUGAUUGCUGCAAAAUUACCAGGAAGAACUGACAAUGAAAUAAAAAACCAUUGGCACACCCACAUGAAGAAGAAGAAGAAGAAGCGCACAAAAGAACAGCAAAAUCAAGCAUCAUCUGGUCAAGUGGUACUUCUAAAAGAUCAUCAGCAGUCUUCUGAUGAUCACGAGUACUCAUCAAGCAAUUCAGACAAUCAAUUAGGGGCUCAUGAAAGUGCUACUCAUAAUUGUAAUCAUGCUAAUUCUCUACAACUACUUCAUUAUCCCCAAAUUUUGGAGAGCUCCCCUGUAGUAUCCCGUGAGUCAACAUUUUCCAGUAGUACUAGUUCAGCAAAGUAUUUCUCCUCCUCCUCCUCCUCCUCAUCCUCAAGCUCCCCUAAUAAUCAUGAAGCACGAGGUUCUACCGUGAUCAUGAACUAUCUUGGUGAUCAAGAUAUUGUCAUGGUUUCAUCAUCAGAAACAAUGAUAUUAGAUCAAGAAUACAGUGCUGGUGAUUUUUGGACCAAACCGUUUCUACAGGACAAUACAUGUAUCGAAAGUGACACUAUAUCAUCUUCAUCAUCGUAUUUAUUGUCCUAUGAUGAAGGCAUGGAUUUGUUCUACCAGGUCAUGCCAACACUGCAAGAGGGUAGUUGAAGAUGUAAUAUUCAUAAACGCUUAGCAAUUAAUUGGCUAAUCAGGCAUGAUAUAUAAUCGAUCGAGUGGUGGUUCUUGUAAUAAAACUUUCCCAAGUUGUCAAGUAAUUCCCAAUGUAUCAGAAACUUAAUUGCAUGACCGCAUUACUGAUUAGUUGCCGAAAUAAAAAAAAAUAAAAAAAAAAUUAGUUGAGUUAAAUAACGAGCAGGCUAGGUUUUUAUUUUUUUAUAAGGUUUCUUUCAUUUGCUUGGUGUAGCAUUCUUUGUCAUCUGGAAUUUUG